AUGAAUGGGCUUCAAAGCCAUUACGCUUAUUCCUGCUCUUAUCUACACGAUGUGAAGGGGAAUAGCGUGAAGGAGAAGAAGAAAAUGACGUCUUCGUAUUUCCAUGAACCACCACCUCGAGAACGUAAUAAUGGCGGUGAGGAUAUGGCGGUGAGGAAGUCAAAGAGCGUGUGGUGGUGGAAUGAGGCCGAAAGGAAGAGACAGCGAAGAGUGGCUAGAUACAAGUUUUACGCCACUGAAGGCAAAAUCAAACACUCUUUCAAGAAAGGGUUUCGCUGGUUCAAGCUCAAAUGCAUCAGGAUCGUCACCAAUCUCUAG